AUGUAAUUUGCUUGGACUGAUGCUGAAGUAGAAAACAAUAAUAAAUGGAAUUAUGAUGAUGACAGACGAUUAGAAGAAGCUUUUAAGUUAUAUGGACCUUAGUGGAAGAAAAUAGCAGAAUAUUUAUCAGGGAAAACGGAUUAAGAAUGUGUUCAAAGAUGGACUUAAUUGAAGAGUGGCAAGAAGACUCCAUGGACCAAGGAAGAAGAUGAAAUGUUGAAAGAGCUGGUGUAAAAGUAUGGAGAAAAUUGGAACGAAAUUGCUUAAAUAAUGAAAAACAGGACUGGAAACUAAAUUCGAAAUAGAUAUAUCAAUCAGAUAAUCGCCCCUCCUGCAAGACCAUGGACUCAAGAGGAAGACGAUUAAUUAAUGGUCUUGUAUAGACAGUAUGGUGCGAAGUGGACCUAGAUCGCUAAACUUAUGAAAGAUAGAUCGGAAAUAAUGGUUAAGAAUCGAUUCUACACUAAACACAAGGAUCAAAAUUACAAAUUGGGUUUAAAACUUUAGGUCUCGGAUUAAGAAUUCGAAAAGUAAGAAGAUUAAGAAAUCAAGACUAUUAAAACUGAAUCAUCUUGCAAAUAAGAAAUAGAUUAAUUGGAACCAUAAGUACACAAAAAAAUUGACAUUAAAUCGUCAGAGUAACAAAGGGAUUCAAAUGUUCGUUAUCUAUGUCCAAGAGACUUCCUAUUUAAGUUUGAACAAAUGUUUGAUUUAAACCCAGGAGAACCAAAGAAGAUAGUUUGGAUUCCUGUCCCAGUCAUUAGAUUGAUUCCAAAAAACAUUAGGACUGAAAUUUAAAGUGCAAAGAAUCCAACAGAAAUCUUAAAGGAAGAGGAAUAAUGAUUAAAUAUAUAUAUAUUUGUUUCUUAUUAAAUACUAACUCUUAA